UUUCACCUGCACCAAGCGUCGGGAAGGAGCGGGACUGUGGUCACAGCCGGGCUGGCUCCCAGUUUCCUGGAGCCAAAUGGCUCCUGCCUGCCUGCUCGGAGUGUGCAGCCUCCUCUGCGCCUGGUCAGUGGUGAUGGGACACCCCUGCGCCCUGGACCACCAGGGAUGGGCCGACUGCAGCGGGAAGAGCCUCCUACAUGUUCCGAGUUCUCUUCCAAGCAACAUCACUGGUUUGGAUCUCUCCUUCAAUUCCUUGGUCAUUCCCAUUCAUGGGACUCUCUUAAUGCCUCUCCCUUCCCUGCGGUCCCUCAACCUCUCCAGCAAUGCCCUGCUGGCGCUGAGCCCAGCAGUCUUCUCCAACCUCGAGGCACUGCGUCUGCUGGACCUGAGCAGCUGCAGCAUUGCCUACCUCCACAGGGACGCUUUUAAGGGACUGGGAAACUUGCACACAUUGCUUCUAAGGAAUAAUAAUCUGCAGGAGCUUGAGGUCCCUUCCUUACUGCCGCUGAAGGCCCUUUUCCACCUGGACCUGCAACACAACGCGCUAGUGUCUCUGGACGCUUUGAACCUGCAGCUGAUGGAGGCAAUCCCGCAGGUCCGACUGGGAGGGAAUCCCUGGGUCUGUGACUGUGCUGCGCACCCUCUGCAGCAGUGGCUAAAGCGCAGGCAAGCUGUGCAGGUGACCUGUGCAUCACCCCUGGGGCUGCAGGGCCAGGAGGUCGCAGCUCUGGAUUUCCAGGACCUAGGCUGCCAGAUGAAGCGGCGCUUUCCUCGGGGGGUCAGCACGGUGCAGCAGAUCACAGUGACCCACAGCAACACCACCACACCCCCCACUGGGAAGGGGGGAAGGAGCUGGCCAUACCUGGUAGGAUUCCUGGUGGCAGCAAUUGGCAUCUCCAUCCUGAUCGCUCUGGCUGCCAAGUGCAAGCUCUUCCACAAGAACUUUGCCAGCUACCGCCACCGGCCGCUGCCUGAAACCAGCUCGAUUGGAGGUAGCCCCAUGGAGGAUGGCAGCGGCUGGGACAGGAGUUCUUCAGGCCCAGGGGACAGCGAGAGCCACCGCAUGCCUGGUGAUGCAGACCUGCAAGCUGAGGAUGAUGACGGCUUCAUCGAGGACAACUACAUCCAGCCAAACGAGCAGAUGCAAGAGGAAGAGGAGAGGGAAUUGCACCUCUCCAUCUGAGCCUGCAGCCCAGCCACCACUGCUGCAGCUUCUUGCUGUCCCCCCACCUCCAUUCCCUUCCUGUCCUUUCCCACCUGCCCUCAGCUUUUGGGCCCACACGGCUGCAGGCAGGAGGAAAGGAGUGGAGAGGAGUGGGGAGAAAGGGUGGGCUGGGAAUGGUGGUAGAGGCUGAAGGCGGCUGGCCCCACAGUUCCCCAGUGUGACACCAGCAGGGCUGUGCUGGCACAGGGACACCAGACCUGCUGCUGCUCUCCCGGCCCUGCUUGGAUGCCGAGGAUGAAGGAGAUGGUGCUUACCGCACCUGGGAAGCCUGGUGGAGUUGGAAGAGGAGCCUGCCACGGUGCUCCUGUGGGGUUUGGGGAACCAAUCCCGCUGCCCCACGGUUUUGCACCCAGCAUUGCUCUGUCCCUCAAUGUGUUGUCAUUCCAGGGUGUGAUUAAAGCAUG